AUGGUGGAAGUUGAAGAGAUAGAGCUGGAUUUAGGGUUAUCCAUUGGAGGUGCUUUCAGAAAACCAGUGGAGAAAGAGAAAUCCAAACCUGAAUUAGGUCAGAAUCAAAUCCAAAGCAAUGUCAUGCAGAAAGUUGAUCAGAAUCAACAAUCUCCGGUGAAGAAUGAGAUUCACGCGGUGAAGAGAAAGAGAGAGCAGGAGAAUGGAACCGGUAACCGCGCCGGAGGUUUUGAACCGGUGUUUAAAAGGGAGAAGACGGAACGUGUUAACGGCGGUACCGUUUCGGUGAAUGCGCCGUUUCAUGUUUUGCAAAUGCAACAGUUUGGGAAAGUGAAGUUUGGGCUGCCUAUUAACGGAAUGGCGUUACCGUGUUGGUUUGGUGGUGAUAAAAAUGUGGGUGGAAUUAACGGUGUUAGUAAUGUUAACGGUGGAGAUGGAAAAGUGAAAUCUACUGGGUCUUCCUCUAGGUGUAGUUCUGUUGUUUCUGAUUACCAAUGCUCUUCUCGUGAAGAUGGAGGGAGCACUGAGAGCCACAGCCAGCAUUCAGGUAAUUCGUUGACUGAACAAACUCAGUUGAAAAGUUCCAAAGAAAUCAACUUCAGAAGAAACCAACAUGAAGAAAUUGCUUCAUCUAAACAAAGCAACAUUGUGAAGGAAACACAAACUCAUUCAAAUACCAUGAAACCCAAUGAAGAUUCUGCUGCAACUACAACUGCUAGUGCUACACAAACCAUUUCGAAUCCGAAUCCGAAUCCAGUUAAGAAGCCAUUGUCUUUGUCUCAAAUGCCGUAUGUAUCAACAAAAGGGAAUGGACCAAAUGGGAAAACAGUGAAUGGAUUUUUAUACAGAUAUUCAAAAUGUGAUGAAGUUAGCAUUGUCUGUGUCUGUCAUGGAAGCACAUUUUCACCUGCUGAGUUUGUGCAGCAUGCUGGAGGCACCGACAUUUCACACCCUCUAAGACACAUCACAGUUAAUUCUUCUGUUUUUCCAUGA